AUGACCUUAUUGGCUGCUGAUGACCACUACAUCACCGUGGCAUGGAUUGAACCUCCACGGAGGGUUGACUUCUACUUGCUCGACGUCACCGUUGAGAGUGGUUACGAAAAUGACAGUCUUCGGAUACAACGCACGGGAACCUGUAGCAAUGGCACCUUCAUCCGCGCUGGACAGACUCAAGUGACAUGCGGCCCUUUUGAAGCCUGCUCAAACCUUAGUGUGACUAUUCGCACGUACACUAUAGGACCACCAGAGCGCACCUCAAUGGGAACCAUCUUAAAGGAAGUCUUCGUCAGUGCUAAGGAUCCAAGUGAACCCAAGAGAAUCACCAUGGUCGCCAAGUCACCGCACAUGUCGAGGCUGCUAUGGGAGUCACCAACUCAGAUACAUGGGCUUGUGCACGGUUACAAAGUUAAAGUGUGCGAGAUGUAUACAGAAUGUGGUCAAAAGCAGGACUCGAGUGACUGCGUUGAGAACGAGACUUCUGACACUUGGCUGGACUUCAACAGCAGCGAAGACACCUCCUACUGCGUCCUGAUUACGGCUAGUGCACGGUGUGGCGGUAAAGUCCUCACGAGCCUUCCAGCGACGCAAGAAGUUAGAACGCCUCUUUUUGCCCUCCCUGACGUGUCCAACCUGAAAGCAAUCGGCGUUAAUCGUGGUCAUAUUACCUUAUCUUGGGAGCGACCGAAAGGUCGCUUCGACUACUAUUCGGUUGAAGUCACUGAAGGUAAGGUUGGCAGCACAGGGAGUGCCAAACACAAGCUUAGUUUGUGCGCCAACGGCACCAUCAUCCGUCAUGACCAGACGCAAAUAGCAUGUGGUCCAUUUGAGCCUUGCAGUAACUUGUCCUGCACCAUGCGCACCCACUUGACCGGACCACCUGAACGCAGUUCUCCUGGAGUAACACUAAUGGGCAUAUUCAUCCCUGCCGAAGGCCUGCCUGAUGCAACCGACCUGAAGUUGCUCUCCGCCUUGAAAAACUCUGUGACUGUGGCCUGGGAAAGGCCGCAGGCUCGCUUCGAUUAUUAUUGGCUCUCCAUUGCGGGCGAGGAAGGUGAGGGACGCGGCAGUGCUGAAAAGGAACGCAUUGGAUCGUGCGGCAACGGCACGAUCAUUCACCCGAAUCAGACACGGGUCACAUGCUCAAAUCUCGAGGCUUGCACCAAAGUAAGCAUUACCUUACGCGCCCACAGAAACGGACCACCGGCGAAUACAUCCCCUGGAGUUAGCCUUCGUGGGAUCUUUAUACCGGGAGAAGGCCCUGAUCCGCCAAUGAACAUAACCAUGCUUGGAAAAUCACCAUCCCUUACACGCCUACAGUGGGAAGGAUCGGCCAAAGCGUAUGGAAGAUUUCUUGCAUACACGGUCAAAAUAUGCGAGUUGUUCAAGUAUUGUGGCGAAGAAGCCAGCAUGCACGGCUGUAUCGAACUUCAAGCACAUGAGAAUUGGCUUGACUUCCACAGCAGCGCUGACACUAAGUACUGCGUCUUGGUCACAACAAGCUCACAAUGCGGCGAGGAAGUUCUUAGUGGUCGUCCAGCGGUCGCUGAAAUCCGGACACCUUCGUUUGUUCUACCUGACGUCACCGAUCUCCGCUUGAUGGCUGUUGAUAGUCACUAUAUCACCGUCGCCUGGGGCAAACCUCGGGGCAGUUUUGAUUUCUAUUGGCUCGAUGUCGCCAUUGAAAAUGAUAAUGAAAAUAAUAGUGUUCCCAAACGUCAAGCCGGUUCCUGUGGCAACGGCACCAUCAUCCGUGCUGAGCAGACUCAAGUCACCUGUGGCCCUUUCGAUCCCUGCUCCAAUAUUAGUGUCACUGUUCGCACGUUCGUGAAAGGACCACCUGAACGCACCUCCAAGGGGAGCACAUUAACAGGUGUUUUCCUCAGUGGUCAAGAUCCAAGUGAACCCAAGAACAUUAAUAUCGUCGUUAAAUCGCCGUCCAUCACACAACUCCAGUGGGAGUCACCAGCGAUUGUACAUGGCAGUCUAGAUACCUACAACGUGAAAGUGUGCAAAGUGUUCACCACAUGCGACAGAAAGGCAAACACUAGUGGGUGCAUUGAGCACAGUGCUUCUGAUGCAUGGCUGGACUUCGAGAGCACCGCAGACACAUCGUACUGUACACUCAUCACCGCCAUUGCCCGAUGCGGCGUGGACGUCUUGACGAGUCCGGCAGCGGCACUGGAAGUUAGAACGCCUUUAUUUGACCUCCCUGACGUAACCAAGCUGACGUUACUGUCCGCUGCGAAUAACUCCAUUACCAUUGCCUGGGAACGACCAAAGGCUCGCUUCGAUUACUACUGGGUGUCCAUUACCGACCAUAAAGGCGAGAAACACAACAAUGCUGGAUCGUGCGCCAACGGCACAAUCAUUCACCCAGACCAGAACCAGGUCAAAUGCACAAGCCUCGAGGCCUGCACCAACGUGACCGUAAGCGUACGUACGCACCGAAACGGACCGCCGGAGAGUACGUCCGUCGGAGUUGCUCUCCAGGACAUAUUUGUCCCGGGUGAAGAGCCGAAUCCACCAACGAACAUUACGAUGUUCCCAGAAUCACCGUCGCGUACUCGAAUACACUGGGACUACCCGGACAAAGUGUCGGGCAUUAUGACAUCGUACAAUGUGAAGAUAUGCAGCACAUUUGGAUCAUGUGAUCGAGCAGAAGGCUUCAGUGAUUGUACGGAAUACACGACCUCUGAGACAUGGACAGUGUUUGACAGCAGAGAGGACACUGCGUACUGCGUAUUGGUUACUGUAAAAACACGGUGCGGCGUUGACGAACUAAGCAGCCGGCCACUUAUAGCGGAAAUACGGACGCCGCUCUUCGGCCUGCCUGAUGCAACCGACCUGAAGUUGCUAUCCGCCUUUGAAAACUCUGUGACUGUGGCCUGGGAAAGGCCACAGGCUCGCUUCGAUUAUUAUUGGCUCUCCAUUGCGGGCGACGAAGGUGAGGGACGCGGCGGUGCUGAAAAGGAACGCAUUGGAUCGUGCGGCAACGGCACGAUCAUUCACCCAAAUCAGACACGGGUCACAUGCUCAAACCUCGAGGCUUGCAUCAAAGUAAGCAUUACCUUACGCGUGCACAGAAACGGACCACCGGAGAGUACAUCCCCCGGAGUUAGCCUCCGUGGGAUCUUUAUCCCUGGAGAAGGCCCAGAUCCGCCAAAGAAUAUAACCAUGCUUGCAAUAUCACCAUCACUUACACGCCUACAGUGGGAAGGAUCGGCCAAAGUUUAUGGAAGAUUUCUUGCAUACACGGUAAAAAUAUGCGAGCUGUUCAAUUAUUGUGGUGAAGAAGCCAGUAUGCACGGCUGUAUCGAACUUCAAGCACAUGAGACUUGGCUGGACUUCCACAGCAGCGCUGACACAAAUUACUGCGUCUUGGUCACAACAAGCUCACAAUGCGGCGAGGAAGUUCUGAGUGGUCAUGCAGCGGUCGCUGACAUCCGGACACCUUUGUUUGUUCUACCGGACGUCACCGAUCUCCACUUGAUGGCGGUUGAUAGUCACUAUAUAACCUUGGCCUGGGACAAACCUCGGGGUAGUUUUGACUUCUAUUGGCUCGAUGUCGCCAUUGAAAAUGAUAAUGAAAGUAAUAGUGUUCCGAAACAUCAAGCGGGUUCCUGCGGCAACGGCACCAUCAUCCAUGCUGAGCAGACACGAAUCACCUGUGGCCCUUUCGAUCCCUGCUCCAAUAUUAGUGUCACUGUUCGCACGUUCGUGAAAGGACCACCGGAACGCAUCUCGAUGGGAAGCACCGUGAAAGGUGUUUUUCUCAGUGGCCAAGAUCCAAGUGAACCCAGGAGCAUUAAUAUCGUCGCGAAAUCACCGUCCAUGACAAGAAUCCAGUGGGAGUCACCAACGACUAUACAUGGCACUCUAGACAUGUACAAAGUCAAAGUGUGCAAGGAGUUCACAACAUGCGACCAACAGGAAAACACUGGUGGAUGCAUUCAGCACAGUGCUUCUGAUGCUUGGCUGGAGUUUCAGAGCACCGCGGACACAUCGUACUGCACCCUCGUCACGGCCAGUGCACGAUGUGGCACGGACGUCUUGACGAGCCCACCAGCGACGCUGGAAGUUACAACGCCUUUGUUCGCACUCAUAUUUUCAGACCUCCAGGAUGUAAGAAAACUGAGCCUACUAUCCGCUGCUAACAAUUCCAUUACAAUUGCCUGGGAGAGGCCGAAGACUCGUUUCGACUACUAUUGGGUGUACGUUACUUCCGAUGAAAGCAAGAGUGGCAGCGUUCAUAGAAGCCGCGUGGGAUCAUGCGUCAACGGAACCAUCAUUCACUCGGCAAAAACCCAAGUUACGUGCACAAACCUUGAGGCUUGCACCAAAGUUAGCGUCAGCAUACGUACACACAGAAGCGGACCGUCGGAGCACACAUCCCGUGGGGUUGGCCUCAAUGGCGUCUUCAUUCCGGGUGAAGACCCAGAUCCACCAAAGGGUAUAACCAUGGUUGGGAUAUCGCCAAGCCUUACACGUCUACAGUGGGAGCCAUCAGCAAAAGUUUCAGGAAGAUUUCUUGGAUACAUGGUUGAAAUAUGCGACUCAUUCAAAUCUUGCGGCAGAGAAACAAGUAUCAGCAACUGCAGCAAACUCCAGACGUAUGAAACCUGGCUGAAUUUUACCAGCCGCGCCGACACCAAAUACUGCGUCCUGAUAGCAGCCAGGUCACAAUGCGGCAAGCAAGUUUUAAAUGGUCGCCCAGUGGUGGCUGAAAUCCGGACACCUUUGCUUGUUGCCCCUGAUGUAACGAAUGUACGCUUGGUGACUGUCGGUGCGGAUUUCUUCACUGCUGCUUGGGAGAAGCCCAAAGGUAGCUUUGACUACUACUCGGUGGAGGUCACCGAUGGCGACCACCAUACCAGCGGUGCAGAACCGGGCCUGGUGGGAUCUUGCGCUAACGGCACUAUCAUCCAUCAAGACCAGACACAAGUCACAUGCAGCCAGCUGAAGCCUUGUAGCAAAGUUGGCUUCAAUGUGCGCACCCACCUCAAUAGACCAUUUUCCCUAACUUCUCCUGGCGUCACAUUAAAUAAAAUAUUGAUUCGAGAUAAAGUCCUUCCUGAAGUGGCCAGCCUGACGCUGGGUGGGUUUACACGGGACAAUUUCAUGCUGACUUGGCAAAGGCCCAAAGAAUGCUUCGACUAUUACACGGUGGAAAUCAUCGACGAAAGCAGUAGCGUUAACAGCAGUAUGUCCUGCAACAAUGGUUCCGUCAUCAAUGAAAACGAGACGUCUGUCAUUUGUGACCUACCUGAGACUUGCGCUUAUGUGACGAUUCGAGUGAGAACGCACACCAGUGGCCAUCUGAAACGCUCUUCAGUAGGCGCCAAGCUCACAAACGUCCUGUUGCGAGGAAAAGUGCCUCCCGACGUGACGAACCUGAGGCUGACUGAACAAGGAAGCGACUUCUUUAGCGUCACCUUCGAAGAGCCGAAGAACUGCUACGACGUAUUGACCUACAGAAUAAGUAAUAGCGAAUUUCCCACACGUCCAGUCAAGCAGAAGCGCUGCCAUCGACAGCGCUCGCAUAAAUUGCCGCUUACUCCGAACACCGUUGUGCUUACAUGCCCUGGAGUUGUGGCAUGUGGCCGAAUUGACUUUCGUUUGUGGACACGCUUAAGGGGACCGCCUGAACGAAAUUCACGUGGAGUCUCCGUGCCCGGAAUCGUAUUCGUAAGUGGAUGUCGGUAAUAGUGCUCCUGCUAUGCAAAUGAAAGUUUGCAAGAAAUUGAAAUAAUAAACACGUGGUCCUUCCUCACGGUAAUAAAAUUCGACGACAUAAAAGAAAAAGAAACAUGACGUAUUGAUAUAUUUGUUUUGUGGCCAUCAGCGCGUUAA